GUAGCCCAGUCCUUGAGUGCCUGUUUGCGGAAGUUGACGCCCCUCUUGCAGCUCAAAUGGCGCGUCUCCCGGUUUUUACCGUCAUGGCUCCAUAGGUAGCUGCCUUGAGCUCUUUGUCCACCUGGGCGAACGCGGCAAAUUUGAAAAACGGUGACUGGUCACCACAAGUCAUGAUCCGGAGAACUCGACCCACUCGAGUCUGUACAGCAAAAAAGACAGCUAUGGAAGAUUCUUCUGAGGACAUGUCCCAAGGUGAUGUGAGUGAGGAAGAGGAGUGGGUCCCAGAGCCGAAGGCCCCUAAAAGGCAGCGUAAAGCGGAGCCAAAGGUAAACAAGCCCCCCGUCAAGAAGAUGACCAAACCACGGGAUCCAAAGCCAGAAGCCUCCGGAAAACCAGCGGCUAAGAGGACUAGAGCCCCCAGAGCUAAGAAGACAGCAGCAGCUGAUCCAGCUGAGGGGAGCAGCGCACAGGAGGGGUCAUCUGGGACAAGGGAGGCAGUGAAAGUGAAAGAGGAGAGGCUGUCAUUUGCUGUGCCUGACAAGACCCCCAGUGAUACGGAUGGAGCAGAGAGCAUCUGUCCAUCUUCCUGCCAGCAACCCCUGCCUGUUAAGAAGGAAGAGCCUGAAGAUGAUUUCACCUUUGAGGAACCUUCCCCCAAGAAGCUGAAGUCCAGCACGGCCCCGCAGGGGGUGCCUGUGAGACGGGCAAAGCCCACUCAAGGCCUAAAGAGUGACAUGCAGAUGAACUGGAAUGUAGUUGAGGUGCUCUCGGAGAAGACGCGAUUGGAGGGCUGGGUGUGUGCCAAUCUUAUCCAGCUAUUCCAGGAAGAGAACACCAUUCCCUUUAUAGUACGCUACCGAAAAGAGCUCAUCAACCACAUGGAUGCAGAUGCUGUGCGGGAGGUGCAACUCACCCUCGAGGAGCUUUGCGCAGUGUCCAAGAAGAGCCAGUCGAUAUGCCAGGCGCUGAAGAAGGAGGGGGUGCUGACUGCUGAGCUGGAGGAAUCUCUGAAGAACUGUACGGGUGCCGAAGAGCUGGACCACGUGUAUGCCCCCUACAAGAAGGGCAGCAAACUGUCAAAGGCCAGACGGGCCAAGCAGCUGGGCCUGGAACCGGCCGCCCUGGCUCUCCUUCAAACUCCGCAGACCCUAAAUCUGCAGGCCUGGGUCCAGCCGCAAGUUGAAGGGUUGUCUUCCCUGAAUGAGGUGGCUGCAGGCGUGGGGCAGAUCCUGGCCGACAUGAUGGCCAAAGAUAAGGAGACGCUGGCCUACGUGCGAUCCCUGUGUGACCAGAACCCGGUGACGCUUCAGUCCUCUCUGUCCAAGACAGCCCUGAAGGAUAAAGGGGAGAAACCCAAGGACAUCGACAAGUUCCACCUGUACUGCGACUUCACAUCUAACAUGCAGCGGCUGCAGCACCAUCAGGUCCUGGCCAUUAACCGAGGGGAGAAUCUGAAGAUUCUGACAGUGAAGGUCAACAUCCCUGACAGGGUGAAGAGCGAGUUCUGUAGAUGGUGUGUUAAUGUCAGGUGGAGACCUAAGGGUUAUGCGGCCGAGGAGAAGAUGGAGAUCUUAAAAGAUGCUGCUGAGGACUCUUACAAACGGCUCAUCCUACCCUUGCUGAACAGAAGCUAUCGGAGCAGCCUGACGGCGGCUGCGGAGAAGGAGUCCGUGUCCAUGUUCGUGAGAAACCUGCGACAGAGGCUCCUGAUGUGUCCCGUCCGUGGCCGGGUCCUCAUGGGCGUGGACCCAGGCUUCCGGCACGGCUGCAAGCUGGCCAUCCUCUCGCCAACCAGCCAGAUCCUGCAUACAGAUGUGGUGUACCUGCACAGCCCUGGAAGGCCCAGGGAGGCAGAGCGACUGCGCCACCUGAUGGUUAAAUACAACUGUCAGACUGUUGCCAUUGGCAAUGGAACGGCAUGUCGGGAGACCGAAACAUUCUUCGCCGACCUCAUAGCCAAGAAGUUCUUCCACCCGUUGGACGUCUGUUACUGCAUCACCAGCGAGGCUGGGGCCUCCAUCUACAGCGUGAGCCCUGAAGCUGUGAAGGAGAUGCCAGACCUGGACCCCAAUCUCCGGAGUGCUGUGUCCAUCGGAAGGCGUGUCCAGGACCCGUUGGGCGAGUUGGUGAAGAUCGACCCGAAGCACAUUGGCAUCGGAACCUAUCAGCACGAUGUGUCACAGACGCUCCUGAAGGCUGCCCUGGAUGCUGUGGUGCAGGAGUGUGUGAGCUUUGUGGGGGUGGACAUUAACAUGUGCUCGGAGACCCUGAUGAGGUACGUGGCGGGCCUGAAUGCAGGACGGGCGCGGAGCAUCGUGGAGUGGCGUGAGAAGAACGGGUCCUUUCUGAACCGUGAGCAGCUGAAGCUGGUGAAGGGACUGGGGCCCAAGAGCUUCCAGCAGUGCGCCGGCUUCAUCAGGGUCAACCCCGAGAAGGGCCAGGCCCCAUGCAGCGAUACUGCAGGGGGAGUCCAUGGGACGGCACCUCCUAAGAGGGGGAAGAGGAAGGCCCUGUCCGCUGUUGACUUCCAGCCCAACCCCCUGGACCAGACCUGUAUCCACCCCGAGUCCUACAGCACCACCCUCAGGUUCCUGGCUCUGAUCAAGAGCGAGGUGCAGGAAGUCGGCCGACCAGAGCUAAAGUGGCGUGUGGAGGACAGGGUGAAGCUCGGUGGUCUGGAGGCACUGGCCCGCACGCUGGACACCUCCCCCGAGACGCUGCAGCUCAUCGCGGACGGCCUCACCCAGCCCCCGGGCUUUGACAUCCGCCAGGAUUUCGAGCAGGCGGAUUUCAAGCGGGGAAUCAUGUCGAUGGGCGACCUCCAAGCGGGUGUCGUCCUCACAGGCCGCGUGGAGAACACCACCCUAUUCGGCGCAUUCGUGGACAUCGGCGUUGGACGUUCGGGACUCAUUCACAAGAGCCGCAUCACUCCGGACAAACUGCCCACCCAGCGCCGCGGCCGCAGCCUGGCGCUGGGCCCUGGGGAGCGGGUGGAGGUGCGGGUGCUGAACGUGGACUCCCAGCGUGGACGCAUUGGCCUGGACCUCCUGCGCGUCGUCACCUAGUCUCUGCACUGUCUGCAUGGCCGACGUUCAGCUCUGCAAGUUAGCAGAAACAGGAAAUUUUUUGUUUUUUUUUUACUGA